UCUAGGCCUACUUCCGGUGUGGGAACCAUUUCAUCUGCAGCCGGUAAACCACGUGCAAGAAUGACUGAAGUUUUCUUCGAUAUCAGUAUCGGCGGUAAGCCAACCGGGAGGAUAGUAAUGAAGUUAGAAACUGAAAAGGUUCCCAAAACAGCAGAAAACUUCAGAGCACUCUGCACUGGUGAGAAAGGUUUUGGCUAUAAAGGUUCAAAGUUCCAUAGAAUCAUCCCUGGCUUUAUGUGCCAAGGAGGUGACUUUACCAAAGGCAAUGGAACAGGAGGGAAAAGUAUCUAUGGAAAAAAAUUUGAUGAUGAAAACUUCAUUUUGAAGCACAAAGGAAAAGGAACUCUGUCCAUGGCCAACUCUGGCCCGAAUAGCAAUGGAUCCCAGUUCUUCAUCUGUACAGCGAAAACAAGCUGGCUGGACAAUAAACAUGUAGUAUUUGGAGAUGUGACAAGUGGUAUGGAUGUCGUCAACGCAAUGGAGGCUGUUGGAUCCGAUGGUGGGAAUCCGUCUAAGCCAGUGGUGAUUGUUAAUUGUGGUUCAUUGUGAAUUUCAAUACUUUUAUUAGGCAUUAUUUCAUAGCAGAAGAAUGAUGGAAAUAUCAAGAGCCUUUGUAACUAUGAAAUGAUUUUCUUUGGUUGAUUACAUUAAUACUUCCAGAAAUUACUAUUUUAAAGCUGUACUUACAUUUUCUUUUCUGUUAAUUUUAUAAUUAUAUGUUGAACAGGUUGAACGAAAAAUCAGUUUCGUUAAGAGUUCAUAGAGUGCAAUAGAGAUAUUUCUGCACUAUCAAGUACAGUAUACAUAUUCUGUUAAAAUUAAUGCUUUUUGUUAUGAUAGAAGUACUGUGUUCUUGAAGGAAUAAAAAGAAUAAAAGAAUAGAAACACACAAUAAAA